AAUUCAGUUAAAGAAAAUGAAGAAAAGUUUAAAGAUGAUGAUAAAAAUAAAAAUUUAUUAAAUUUAAUUAAUGAUGCGGCAAAUUUUAAUGAAAUAACAAAUAGUAGUUGGUCAACUACACCGUAUAAUUCAGCUGGAGAUGGAAUAGCAUUAUUGUAUAAUAAUAAUAAUGAAAAAAAAAGAGAAAAAAUAAAUCCAGAGGAUAAAACUGUUUUUAUAUUCCCCGGUCAAGGUACAUUAAAAGUUGGAGAUGUUGAAAAAUAUUUAAAUUAUCCCCGAGUUAAAAAACUAUUUGAUAUUGCCAAUGAAAUAUUGGGAUAUAAUAUAAUGGAUAUUUGUUUAAAUGGACCCCAAUCAAAAUUAAAUAAAACAGAAUUUAAUCAACCAGCAACUAUUUUAACAUCACUGGCAGCGUUAGAAAAAAUUUGGGAAGAUAAUUCAUUUGCUACUGAAAAUUGUAUUGCUGCUGCUGGUUACAGUGUUGGUGAAUUAACAGCAUUAAUAUUUUCGGGAGCACUAACUAUUGAAGAUGGAAUAAGAUUAGCUGGUAUAAGAGGUGCUGGAAUGCAAUAUGCUGUUGAUCAACAACCCAAUCAAGGAAUGUUAACUAUUAUUUCAAAGCACAACACUAAAGUAAAUAAAGCUUGUCAAGAAGCUCGUAAUUUUUCAACAAAUUUAGGUUUAUCGUUACCUAUUUGUCAAAUAGCUAUUUAUUUGUGCAGUGAAACUAAAGUUUUAGCUGGUCAUCAACAGGCACUUGAAUAUAUUAUUAAUAAUUCAUAUAAUUUAAAUUUUCGUAAAAUAUUUAAAUUACCAGUAACAGGUGCAUUUCAUACCCCUCUGAUGAAACCAGCAUUAAAAUCAUUUGUUAAAGCACUUGAUGAUAUUGAAUUUCAACAACCAAGAAUACCUGUUUAUUCUAAUGUUACUGCUAAACCAUACAGAUCUAUCAAAGACAUAAUUAAUUUACUACCUAAACAAAUUAUUUCACCAGUUAAAUGGGAACAAAUAAUUCAUGAAAUAUAUAAAAGACCACAAGGCAAUAAUUUUCCACAAUCGUAUGAUUUAGGAUCUAAUGGAACAAUGAAAACUAUAUUAAGAAAAAUUAAUUUAUCAGCAUCUGACUCAUGUACUUCUAUAUGAUGAUGAUUAUUAUUAUUAUUAUUUUUGUUCCAUUACGUACAAUAAUAA